AUGGAGGUCGAAGUCAAUCCCAACGAGGAUACUGAAUGGAAUGAUAUCCUCCGCCAACAUGGAAUCAUUCCCGAGAAACCCAAAGACCCAGAGCCAUUGAUUCAGGAAGCCUUGAUCGCGGCUCAACACAGAGCACAUGAGAACCGUCUGGAGGACAAGGACCUCGAUGAGCUGGACGCACUGGAGGAAGAGGAGGACGAGGGCUUCCUCGAGCAAUACCGUCAAAAACGUCUCGCCGAACUCCACACUCUCCAGAAAACCAGCAACUUCAAUCAGGUCUACCCCCUCCAGAAAGUCGAUUAUGGCCGAGAAGUUACCGAAGCCUCAAAAGAAGCAUUCGUCCUAGUCAAUCUCACCUCCCAGGGUGCCAACGUCGAGUCUCGUGUGUUGACCGAGCUUUGGCGACAAUUGGCGAGCAAGUUUGGCGAUAUCAAGUUCUGCGAGAUCCGCGCCGACAUGUGUAUCGAGGGUUAUCCAGAGCGGAACACGCCCACUAUUCUUGUUUACAAGGAUACUGAGAUCCGGAGGCAAUUGGUGACUCUGCGGGAACUGAAGGGUGUGCGGACUAAGCUAGAAGAUCUGGAACAACUGCUCAUUGAGAUUGGAGCGCUGAAGGAAAGUGAUGUUCGUCUCAAGAAGCAUGCCGACGAAGAUGACUACACGUCUAAGAACGAUGACCUCAACGUUGAGGAUUAUGAUGAUGAUUGGGAUUAG